AUGCCCACCGAGGACCGCGACCCCCUCAUGUCGAGCGACACGCGGCGAAGCGAUGCGCAGCUGCCAGCGGUUCAGGAACAGGUGAACCAGGUGCGCGUCGUCAUGCAGGAGAACAUGAAGAAGAUGCUUGAGCGCGACGAGAAGCUCACGGAGCUGGCUGACAAGUCGCAGAGCGUGGCGCAAUCGGCCAACGUCUUCUCAGCCAAGGCGCGCGGUGCAAGGCGGGAGAUGCAGUGGAGAGAGCUCAAGUCGAAUCUGAUGAUAGCGUCGGGCUUGAUCGGCGCACUGCUACUUUUGCUGUGGUGGUUCGGUGUCUUUAGCGGCGGCGACGAGGAAUCGCCUACGCGGAGACUGGCCAGCUUGCGCGACGAGGAUGCCGCGCCGCCUUCUUCUCUGCUGUGCGGCUCUUUCGAGCCCCCCUUCUCUAUCCUCCGGCGACUGUCUUGUGUCGGCGUGUGCUAUGUGUCGGCACUAAAACACGAGCGCCACUGA